AACCGACACAACUUCGUCCUCCCCAAACAAACGCUGCACGCCUGCGCCUGCGCCUGCCAUCGUCGCUCUUCCUUCACCCCCCGCUUCCUCGAAUAUCACCGCUCCGCCAGUGCAUAGUUCAUGAACACCCGGUAACCUCGACCCCACCAUCGCCCCCCUCUGAGCGCCGUCCCGCCUCCACCGCCGUUCGGAAUCCCAGCCAUGGCCGCCAACGGAGUGCAGCAGGUCUUUGCGCCUGUUCUGGCGGCGCACAGUACGAUGCAGUCGGGGGCAGAUCGUGCACAGAAGGAGCAGGCGCAUCUAUAUCUGGAGCAGUUCCAGAAGUCGGAACAGGCGUGGACCACGACACUGGCCAUGCUGGAGGCGAACAAUGUCGAUGCGGCUGCUAAGCUGUUUGCCGCAACGACGCUGAAGGGCAAGAUCGUGUAUGACCUCCACCAACUGCCCCGCGAGUCGCUCCCGAAUCUACGCGAGUCUAUCAUGAGGAAUUUGGCGACCUUCCGUGCUGGACCCAAGCCUAUCAGAUUGCAGCUGUGCGUUUGCCUGGCGAAUUUGGCCAUCCAGAUGACGGAAUGGAAGGACGUGCUCCCUCUCAUAGUCUCCACUCUAGGUUCAGACCCGUCCACAUUACCUUGCGUCUUGGACUUCCUUCGCGUCCUCCCGGAAGAAGUCACACAUGGACGAAAAAUCGCUCUCACAGAAACCGAGUUGCAAAUGAGGACAGCCGAGCUUAUUGAGGACAACGCCCAGCAAGCCCUCGCCCUCCUCGUUCAAUAUGCGCAGUCGUCACCCGCCGCUGCCCAGAACCCCCAGCUACUAAACUGCAUUACCUCCUGGAUUCGCGAAAUCGCACUUGACAACAUUGUCAAUUCUCCCUUGUUGAAAGUCGUCUUCGACGCACUCUCCGCGGCAGAACCUUUCGAGGCUGCUGUCGAGUGUGUGUGUUCCCUGAUUGCUGAGACCAGGGACGUAGACGAGACGAUGCAGACCAUCCUAGUACUGUAUCCCCAGGUGAUGACAUUGCGCCCGAAGCUCCAGGAGGCCGCGAGAGAAGAUGAUACAGACAAGUUCAAAGGCAUCUCGAGAGUGUUCGCGGAAGCAGGAGAGUCAUGGGUCUUACUAAUCGCUCGGCUACCAAAUGAAUUCAGGGCGCUUGUGGAAGCUGUUCUCGAAACGGCUGCACUCGACAAGGAGCGGGAUGCAAUAUCCCAUACCUUCAAGUUCUGGUACGAUCUCAAGCAAUACCUCACGCUCGAGAAAUACACGCAAGCAAGAGCGGAAUGCGUCGACUUGUACUCGAAGCUGGUCGACAUCAUGGUCGGUCACCUUGAAUACCCCAAACCGGAGAGCGGUGACGAGAAGGAUCUAUUCGAAGGUGACCGUGAGCAGGAGGAAAAGUUCCGAGAGUUCCGGCACCAGAUGGGCGACGUACUGAAGGACUGCUGCGAAGUCAUGGGUGUGUCGGAAUGCCUGCACAAACCCUACAACUUGAUCCAGGCCUGGGUUCAGACGUACGGACCUCAAGCCGGACCGAACCACGUCCCGGAAUGGCAGAAGCUGGAGGCGCCGCUAUUCGCCGUACGAGCGAUGGGUCGAAUGGUGCCACCCGACGAGAGCGUCAUGCUACCUCGUCUCAUUCCGUUGAUCGUCGCGAUACCGGACCACAACAAGGUCAGAUUCCAAGCGGUGAUGGCUCUAGGACGGUACACGGAGUGGACUGCUCAGCAUCCCGAAACUCUACAGCCUCAACUGGACUUCAUCAUGGCAGCUUUCGAGCAUUCGACCAAGGACGUUAUUCGAGCGGCCGCGCUAUCCUUCAAAUUCUUCUGCAACGAUUGCGCAACCUUGCUCGUCGGCUUUAUUGUCCCUCUGCAGCAGUUCUAUGCGAAGCAUCUCAACAGCCUGCCGGUUAGUAGCCAAGAAGAGAUCACUGACGGCGUAGCUUCGGUGGUCGCCAAGGUACCCGUCGAUCAGAUCUACCCUACGCUGAAACUCUACUGUGAUCCAGUGUUGCAACAUCUGGUCACUAUUGCCAACCAGGCAAAAGACGAGCCGGAGCAGAAGCUCCUUGCAGACAAAAUCAACCUCUUAACGAUCUUCUUUGAGCUGGUGAGGCCUCAAGUGCCCACCGGCCAGGAGCAUCCGGCAGUCAAGUACUGCCAGGAGCUAUUCCCUAUUCUCGGAAACAUAAUAACACACUUCUGGAAUAGUAUACCAAUACUCGAACGAGUAUGCCGAUGCUGGCGAUACAUGGUCCUUUCCUACCGAACAGCCAUGCGGCCCCUUCUUCCGGAACUCGCAAAUCAGCUUACUCAGGGCUUCGAGAAAUCACGGCAGGGCUGCUUCCUCUGGGCGACAGCAUCAAUCGUCCGCGAGUUCUCCACAGGCGUCGAGGAGAUUGAUCAGAGCCUCGCGAACGACGUAUUCGUAUUCUACGAGCAGCAGGCAAAGACUUUCCUCCGAAUAUUGAACGAUCUACCUCCGGAAGAGCUCCCUGAUAUCAUCGAAGACUUCUUCCGACUCGCUGCUGACAUGGCCCUCUACUUCCCUACAGAAUCCAUCAUGUCCCCGUUGAUGGAGACCAUCCUUCUCGCCGCCUGCAGCUCCCUCACCCUCCUGAAAGAAGAACCUAUCCUAGCAACCCUGCACUUCCUCCGCGACCUCCUGGGCUACGGUCGCAACGCCGCGCCAUCAUCUAGCUUCGACAACACGCGCCACGACGUACCGCCGCAGAUUCAGAACCGCGUCAAGCAGCUCGUUAUGGGUGGCGGCGUUCAGCUUGUGCAGCGCAUCAUGACGGGCAUGAUGUACAGCUUCCCGGAAGGCUGUUUCCCGGAUGCUUCGGGCGUGCUGCUCGAUCUAUUCGAGCUGAUGCCCGAGCAGGUGGCGAGUUGGGUGCAGAACACGGUGGGUAUGCUCCCUCAGGGGAGCAUCACCGCUCAAGAGAGUGAUCGUUUCUUGAAUAAUAUCAAGCAGCGCAUUCAGACGGGAGAUAUUAGGAUGAUUCGGACGAUCCUGCAAGACUUCACAGCGAGCUAUAGGAGGAGGAAUGUCGCGCCUCGAGAGGGGCUAGGGAGGCUUGAGGCUAGCAGGUUCAGGUUCUCCGGUUAAGUCAACAAUACUCGAGACGUACGGCGGAACGCCGAUGCGGGGCGGUAGACGGCUAGGGAGAGUGGCGAGACUGAGAGAUAGAGCGGACCUAGUGCACUUGGUAUGGAGUGUAGCGGUGAGUCUUCGAUAUAGGAUCCCUGUGCCACUCCUGCGAUGGAGCGGCGUGGGAGUUUACUGCGAGUGUAGAUAUAAUUGGAUUGAGAGCAUGGGCGAUACUAGUCAGAGAGCAUGUGGGAGUCGGAUUCGGGCAUGUUUGCUGCGCUGUGUGACAUAGCGUAUGGGCAUUUGCAUGGUUGGUUGGAUGGGCUGGGCGCGCAUUGGAGUGGAGCUACGUGGCCAACUUCAACUUUCUUCUAGAUACCGACAUUUUCUUAUCUACGCGCUGAAUAAUAUAAUAGAUACUCGUUCUUAAAA